GGCUAUAUUUAUCAUUCAGUAAUAAAAAAAAUAUGGAAAAAAGAAAAAAUUUUAAAGAUCUUGGCUUGGAUAAAUGGUUAAUAGAGCAAUGCCUUAUUAUGAAUAUAUCAAACCCUACUCCAGUUCAAAAAGGAUGCAUACCUAAAAUUCUUAAAGGGGCAAAUUGUAUUGGAAAUGCUAAAACUGGAAGUGGUAAAACAGCAGCUUUUGCUCUUCCUAUCUUACAAAAAUUUAGUGAAGAUCCAUAUGGAAUAUUUGCAUUAGUACUUACCCCUACUAGAGAGUUAGCCUAUCAAAUUGCUGAUCAUUUUAUGGUUUUAGGCAAGCCAUUAAAUAUAAAAAUAACAGUAAUUGUUGGAGGGAAUGAUAUGAUGAUGCAGGGAAGAGAUAUGUCAUUUAUACCUCAUAUUAUCAUAUCCACUCCUGGAAGACUUGUUGAUCAUAUAGAAACCUAUGGAGAACUAAAAUUUGAUAGACUAAAAUUUUUUGUUAUGGAUGAAGCUGAUAGGUUAUUAGCAGGGUAUUUUAAUGAACAAUUAUCAACUAUUAUGAAAUUAUUACCAAAAAAGCGACAAAAUUUGAUCUUCAGUGCUACUUUUAAUCAAGCACUUCAAACUCUUUGUGAUAUAUCAUUGGCAGAAACAAAACCAUUUAUAUGGAGACAAGAUUCUGAGUUUGCCACGGUUGAUACCUUGCACCAAUUUUACCUUCUGACCCCAUUCCACAUUAAAGAGAGCUACAUGGUUUACGUGAUGCUAGAUUUUUUGAAUAAACUCGAUGACACGUUAAAUAAAUCGAAAAUAAUGUCUACCUCACAAACCCUUAAAUCUAUGUUUAAGACGGAUGAACACUCUUUAGCCAUCAUAUUUACUAGCAGUUGCAAAAAAUGUCAAGUACUGCAUUCUUUGUUGAAAAGAUUAGGAAUACCCAAUUUACCUAUUCACUCAAACCUAACUCAAAAGCAAAGAUUAGUCGCGUUAACGAAAUUUAAAUCCGGUCUUAUACGAAUUUUGAUAGCCACCGAUCUUGCUAGCAGAGGAUUGGACAUUCCUAAAGUGGAUUUAGUAUUAAAUCACACUGUCCCUAGCUCACCAGAGGAUUACGUACAUAGGGUUGGUAGAACUGCACGUGCAGGGAGAGAAGGUAUAUCUGUUACACUCAUAUCUCCUCCUAAGGAUAUACCAGUUUUACAAGAUAUAGAAUCUCACAUAGGUACCAAAACUUUAGAAUACACUCAUAUAAAUGAAAAAAUUAUCCUUAAAAUACUGACCGAAAUAACCAUGGUAAAAAGGGAAUGUCAAAUGGAUAUCGAAAAUAGUGAUUUUGAUAAACGUCGACAAAUUAACGAAAUUAAACACAAAAUACUGCAAGGCCAAGACCUUACGCCCGAGGAAAGAAAAAUUUGUACUGGUUAUAAAUGCCCAAAUAAGCCUACUAUAGUCGAAAAAAAGAAUGGACAGAAUGAAGUUGGUAAUGGUAAAAAAAUUAGUAAAGUCCCCAAUAAGGUGCCUAAAAUUUGUUCAAAGAAAAAAAUUAUUCGUAAUAAUACUAAAAAGCCAAACAAUGUUGCAAAAAUAUAAAUUGUUUUUAUCAUCAUAUGUCAUUAUAUUUAUAUAUAAUUAUUUGAUUUUUUUAAAUGGACAUAUUUAUUAUUAAAAAAUGCCAAAAAAUCCUUGUUUAUAAUAGAA